UCGCCUCGCGGGCAGGUCAGCUUCUAGCCUACCGGCGCCGUGCGCGGACCACCAAGUCAGCUCGGAUGCCCGGGCCCAGGAGCUUGGUCCUGGGCCAGGACGGAUGCGGCUAGCACCCUAAGGGGCCCGCGGGGGGCGGGGAGGCCGCCGUGAGGAGGCGGAGCUGCGAAGCCCGCCCGUCAGCCCGGGCCGUCGCCGCCGCUGCCGCGGUCCCCUGCGCUCCUCCCAGCCUGCCGCCGCACGCCCCCAGCCGGUCCGCCUCGCCUCCUCCGCGGCGGCGGCUUCCGCCCCUCUUAGCUGCGCUGCGAGAGGAAACGGAAGAAGGAGCAAAGCUAUGGAGGGGAACAGGGAUGAGGCUGAGAAAUGUGUCGAGAUCGCCCGGGAGGCCCUGAACGCCGGCAACCGCGAGAAGGCCCAGCGCUUCCUGCAGAAAGCCGAGAAGCUCUACCCACUGCCCUCGGCCCGCGCACUAUUGGAAAUAAUUAUGAAAAAUGGAAGCACGGCUGGAAAUAGCCCUCAUUGCCGAAAACCAUCAGGUAGUGGUGAUCAAAACAAGCCUAAUGGCACAAAGGACAGCACAUCUGGUAGUGGUGAAGGUGGAAAAGGCUAUACCAAAGACCAAGUAGAUGGAGUUCUCAGCAUAAACAAAUGUAAAAAUUACUAUGAAGUACUUGGAGUUACGAAAGAUGCUGGUGAUGAAGAUUUGAAAAAAGCUUAUAGAAAGCUUGCUUUGAAGUUUCAUCCAGACAAAAACCAUGCACCUGGAGCAACAGAUGCUUUUAAAAAGAUUGGAAAUGCUUAUGCUGUUUUAAGUAAUCCAGAAAAGCGAAAACAGUAUGACCUCACAGGCAAUGAAGAACAAGCAUGUAACCACCAAAACAAUGGCAGAUUUAAUUUCCAUAGAGGUUGUGAAGCUGAUAUAACUCCAGAAGACUUGUUUAAUAUAUUUUUUGGGGGUGGAUUUCCUUCAGGUAGUGUACAUUCUUUUUCAAAUGGAAGAGCUGGUUAUAGCCAACAACAUCAGCAUCGACAUAGUGGACAUGAAAGAGAAGAGGAAAGAGGAGAUGGAGGUUUUUCUGUGUUUAUCCAGCUGAUGCCCAUAAUUGUAUUGAUCCUCGUGUCAUUAUUAAGCCAAUUGAUGGUCUCUAAUCCUCCUUAUUCCUUAUAUCCCAGAUCUGGAACAGGGCAAACUAUUAAAAUGCAGACAGAAAACUUGGGUGUUGUUUAUUAUGUCAACAAGGACUUUAAAAAUGAAUAUAAAGGAAUGUUAUUACAAAAGGUAGAAAAGAGUGUGGAAGAAGACUAUGUGACUAAUAUUCGAAAUAAUUGCUGGAAAGAAAGACAACAAAAAACAGAUAUGCAGUAUGCAGCAAAAGUGUACCGUGAUGAUCGACUCCGAAGGAAGGCAGAUGCCUUGAGCAUGGACAACUGUAAAGAAUUAGAGCGGCUUACCAGUCUUUAUAAAGGAGGAUGAACUGGAAUUUUUAUUUAUACCUUUUAGCGUACUCUUUAUUUUUUCUGUAAGUAAGUUUAGUUUCAUCAUGAGAGAUGAAGAAAAAGAUUUGAUACUGAAAACUAAACUGAAUAGUUGGUUCCUGAAAUCUUGGACUGUUUAUGACCUACUGGCUCCUUUAAAUAGUAGUUGAAAACUAAAAUGGAAUAUUUUAGUUACACUUCUACAAUUAUUUUCAUUUUCAAAGCUUACAUGAUUCCUAACUAAAAUGUCUUGAGAAAGGAUUAUCACACCUGUAGCAAUUUCCAGUUUUAGUGAUUCUCCAUUUUUUCCCUUGUCAUGUAAAUAUUUAUGGAAUGAUCAUUUUGUGUACAUACAGGUUACUGCUUUUUUAUUUAAAAUUCCUUUAGUGUUUAGCUCCAUGAGAAACUUCAGUUUAAAUUGAUGGAAUAAAUGUUAUAUGACACAUUUACAUUUUCCUUAUCAAGGUGUCAAAUAUGUGAACUUUAAACAAUGAAACUUUUCCAAAAAGAAAAAACUUUAACUUUGUGUAAAAUCUUAUAGUAUUAUCAGCUUAGAGGGAAUUGAUAUUUUUAAUAUUGCCGUUAUAUUCCAAAAUAUAUAUUGAGAUAAAUGAACUGGUGUAGAAUAUCAGUUUGCUAUUUAGUUUUUGAAUUACUAUACAUAUACAUGCAUAGAAAUGAAAUGCUAUACUGAUAGAUUUUAAAGAAAAUAUGAGGAAAUGGCUAUAAAUAUUAAACUAAAAGGGUGUUGAACAGUAAAGUGCAGUUAUGUCAUUUACAAUUCCAAUACGUAAAAGGCCACCAAAUUUUGAUGUAUAUGUCCUUGAAGACUGCUAAAAUUUAUGAAGAGGACUCACAUUUUCCCCCAUAGAAAUUUGCAGUUUCUUGGUGAUCAUUUAAGCAGGAUCCAAAGAAGUUCUCCUACAAAUAAGUAAUAAGAAAAAUGAGUACUAAAAUAUAGCUUUGUGCCUUUUAACCCUAUGCCAACUCCUAAACAUAUAAGUAGAUUACAGUAUACUUACCUGAUCAGAGCAUGAUCUGUUUGGCCAUACGCAAGUGUGAGCAGAAAUAGAGCAGCAGGUAGAAUAGUAACUUAAAGCAAAUCAUCCUUUAAAAAUUCUGAGCUAAAGUCUAUUCACCAUUGAGUAAUUGAAUUAAUCUUAUAGGAAUAAGCUCCUUGUAAGUAAAUCCAUACUAUGAAUUAGAAAAAAAAAAAACACACUGGAAAUUGAAGUUUUUGGUGCCUGUAUAUUGGAUAUGAAACUAUUUGAUUUCUAGUCUUCUGUGGUUAGCAGUUGUAAUAUUUUAAUGAUUUUGCUUCAUACUUGGUUAAUGGAACAUAAACAUAUCUUUGGUACUUCUUUGUGAGUGAGAGAAUGCUAGUUAGGAUGGCUUUGUUCUUUGUUUAAAUUUUUUUUCUGAAUGUAGUUAAUUUAUGGCAUCUGUUGAAUAAAACUGCUAAAAUGAUCUCUUAAAAAUGUUCUGUUGUAUCCCCUUUUCCAAGUGAAUCAAUAGAAAUGCCUGAUUGAAUUAGUAGGUUAAACUAAACAACAUACUGUCAUAGGAAAACUAGACAGCUUAACCAACUUGCUCUUAGAAAUGUUACCUUAAAAAAAAAAAAAACACAGUGCUUCAGAGAAAAUACAAUUUUAAAUAUUUUGUUGAGCCUGUAGAGUUUUUUUUAAAAAACUAAGUUCAUAGCAUUUUAAUUAACUUUGAAAGUUCAUAUGUAUCAGAAAAUUUAUGAAAACUUGAAUGAAAAAUAUUUCGUCUAUUUUUCUAAUUUUAAUGGCAAAUUUACACUAUUAUGGCUGAUCUGUGAACUUACCUUCUUGUUGACUGAUUCUUUUUCCCUUAAUCCCAGCUUUAAGGAGAUAGGUGAAGUUAUUAUGCAAAGUUAAGUGAUACCAUAAAGUGUAUAUUAUAAAGUCAUACAUGGCUUUUGGACGGUAUUAUAUUUCAGUUGCAUUGCUGCAUUCCAUUAAAUUUCAUAAAAUGCUAGGGAAAAUGUGUUUGAUAAAAUUUUCUGCAGUGAGAAAUGACAGACUGAGUGCCUGACAAUUUAAGCCACAUAUGAAGUAUGCAAGUAAAGAUUCAGUCCUUAAUAUCAUCUAUAUCAUGGUGUAAAAGCUCAACAAGUGUCUUAUAAUUUGGAGUUAAUCAUACAAAGUAAGAAGAGUUUAGAUAUCUUGAGAUAAAAGAUUUUCAUGUUUGCUGCUUUUUUAUAAUAAAAAUCCCAACAUUUUGCCAUCUUAUUUUUAACUACAUGAACUUUGCAAUUUCAUUGGCUCAUUCUAAUGACCACCUAAAAUCCUCAAUCUUUAAAUAUUGCUUUAUUAGCUCUUCUAACUGGUAUUCUAACAGUUUAGCAGCAGUUAUAUUUAUUAAUGCUUUACAUUUUUACCCCUUUUUACAUAAACACACACAAAUACACCAAUGCAUAUACACACAAACAUUAUUGUCCUUGUGAGGGUUUGGGGGAAAGGAAAAUAGUACCUUUCUCCUCUUCUUUUGAUUCCUUAGUUCCCAAAUAGACUGGUGCUAGUCAUUUAGUCAUUUGUAAAUUUCAGAAUGUAGUUUGAUUAAAUGUGAAUUGAAUUCUCAACAAUGUCAAGUUGGAUUCAUCUAAUAAGUGAAUAUAUUUUGUAAACAGAUUACAUUUGAAUGCCUAAAUAUUUGUUUCAUAAUCAUUACAUGCUUGUUUAUGAUUUACAAAGAUUUGGUAGAGAAAAGUACAGUCCUUAAGGCAUAUAUAUGCCAGUGCAUUAAACUACUCAGCUUUUGUGUCAGCUCAGGUGUUCAUAGGAACGGGAAUGUGGAAUACCAGCUUUUUACUUUAAUUAUACUUUUAUGCUUAAUUUUUCUUCCGGUUAAAUCUUUAAUUACACUAGUUUGUAAAGUAGUUACUGAGAAAAAUGAUUAAGUUUUUUAUUUCCCUUCUGUUGAUCUGUAAUAUUUUUAAAUGAAGCUAUUUAACACAUAUGACAUGCUGAUGUUACUUAAUGGAUUCCUAUGUAUUUCAUUAAAAAAAAAAAAAAAAAAAACUCCCACCUGUGUUAAGACAGCUAAAUAUUUCUUGAUGUUGGCUUGAGGACCAAGUGAGCCAUCUUGCCAGUUAAGCAAGUUUUAUGUCCAAGGACCAAAUGGUUAAAAGAGGAGAAUUUGUACAUUUGUUGAGCUUCCCCAUGUGAAGCUUGGGUUCAGUACUAUCCUAUUACUACUAGCCAUCUUCAUACUGAGUGAAGCAAACUGAAAGGGAAUUCAUAAUCUUUUUUCUUAUCUGAACAGAAAAACUAAUGAAAAUCAACAAUACAUAUUUUAAUUUUCAUUCAACAGCUGAAAAACCAUGUCUGUUGACCACAUUGGACUAUUGCCUAGUUAAAAUCCAUAAAAUUCCCUAUAAACCAAUGAAAAGAAAGUAAUCUGGCAAUAAUUUCCAACAUUUUAAAUUCUAAUUUCUAGUUUCAAAGAAAAAGGAUAGAAUGAGGCUUUUCAAGGAAUUCUUGCUCAUCCCUUCAAUAAUUUGGCAGGCAAAACAGUCCUAGAAUUCAGCUUCCUUUUUGGUUUUAUUACUAUUAAAUAGAUAACUUUCAUAUAAAUGGAAACACUUUUCCUCAAAACAUUAAUUCAAAACAUACUCCUUAUAUUAAGGAUUAUAGCACCACAUUUUUUGUAAAUUCCCUAUGUGUAACUUUUUCCUGUUGGUAUGUGAUUUUUUUUAUUUAAUAUGACUAUCUGCUGGUGUUGGGGCCAAUAGAUUUGUGAAUAUUCUGUGGAUGUGUCUAUGUACAGGUGUAUAUAUAUAUUUUUUUCCAGCUAAUACCUCAAAUGUGUGAUUGUUUAAUAUAUACCACACUAUGUUUGCACAGUGCAGGGCUUCCAUUAGCAGUGGAUAUUUUUAUUUCUAACUUUGAAAAUCAGUCAACACAAUUUCAUUGGUGUGAAUUCUUUCUAUUGCUCUUUUUCUUAUUUUAAUGCAGAGAUUGCUAUUAUAAGGUCCAUGCUUCAAACAUAAUUAUAUCUUUCUAUAUCCAGCCAUCUGGAAAUAUAUAGGGUUAAGAAGUAUUUCUUGAAAUGUCCUUGUUUAGUAAGUUAGUAAAAACUGGGAUGACUAAUUGCCAAGAUGUCUUGUAACUGCAUAGCAGAUGACACCUGGCAUGGCAAGCCUCAUUCACUUCAGCACAAGACUGUACAUUUCAAUCUGAUAUUCUACUUUGCCAUUUAAGUAUACAAUUAAAAUCAUAGAGAUUUUCAGUGACAUUGGAGUAUUGUAAUUAUUAGUUUCAAAAAGAAUUAUUUUGAAUAGGAUGAUUAAACCAGUGAGAAGAAAGAAACACACAUAAAUGAUAUUUUGCAGUUUAUCUGUAUUAAGAAAUGCUUCUUGCCAAUUUCUGGUUUUGGUUUUUGGAUUGCUGCAUAAGACUUUCUUUCCAUUUACUUUACGUGUUUUUAAACGCUGCAGGUAAUUUUUAAGGUUUGAUGGAAUUAUAAUGGAAGCCUUGUAUAAGUUAAAUGAAACUGGUAAAGGAGAGCUUACUUUGUCUAUAAUGCAUUCAGGAUUAUAAAUUAGAUUUUAAAAUGAAAUGUCUGAUUUGUAAAAUAUUUAAUGUUAUAUCAGACUUAAAUAAAAUUUUCUGUGAGAACGCAAAGUAAAUGCAUUUGAUUUUUAAUGAAUGUUCUGAAUGAAAUAUGAAUUUUUGUCUUUCAGUCUCUGUAGUUUAUCUCAAUAUAUUAAUAAAAAGGUCUGUUCUCACUGUAAAA